GAGAGUAUAGUAACCCAACCUGAACUCCACACAUUUCUGGUCAGUUUGGAGCGUUUUCGAGUACGAUAUAGAAACAAGUCGGCCAGUCGCCACGGCCAACUUCACUCAAUCGAGUUUUUGUUUCUCAGUAGCAUCAUCUCGUGAAAAAGUUCUCUGUAACAUUGCAAUGGUGGACGAGUGGUGAGUCCACUGAAUUUUCUUUUUCAUUUUCUUUCUUUCUCUUUCUCUUCACCUAUUUCUCUUUCUCUCUUUACUUUUUCCACUGCACAUUAAAACUACAAAUCGUUGGUACAGUGUCGUAUGUUUAUUACUACCCACUUUGCCAAAUCAUAUCAUCAUGUGAAUCAUUGCUAUCUCUUGUGAAUAAGCAUGUUGUAAAUAGAAAGCCAAGUGUAGAAUUGACUCUCGAGAGUGUUCAGCACGCGUGUGAAUCUACGGAUGCCUCGCCUAACGAUUCUACUUGAAAUGAAAAAAUUAUGCUAAAAAGUGGACUGUCAAAUUAACUGUCGAGAGAUUAUAAGACAGUGAAAGAGAAAGAAAGAUCAACAUGAUGCAGGACCACGGUCAUCAUUCGAGUAGGAAGGCAGUUGCUACUUCGCCGGAAGUUGCGAUGGCCAGUGAGGUCUUUGAUCUCUUCUGUAAUGCUACGACGUUGAAAACCAUUCUUGGACACUUUCGGCAUCUUUGUGAUCUUCUUAAUAUGCGGCCCAACACCUUUCCUCAAUUCUAUCCCAAGUUCAAGUCCAAACUGAGGUCUUGGAAGGCUCAAGCACUUUGGAAAAAAUUUGAUCAACGAGCCAAUCACAAGUGUUACAAUAGAGGGAAAGCUAGUUCUAACACUAGAGUUUUAAUAAUUGGUGGUGGGCCAUGUGGUUUGAGAUCAGCAAUUGAAGCUCAACUCCUUGGAGCAAAAGUGGUAGUUGUUGAAAAAAGAGAUCGCAUGUCAAGGAAUAACGUUCUUCACCUCUGGCCAUUCGUAAUUCAUGACUUACGAGGUCUUGGAGCUAAGAAAUUCUUCGGGAAAUUUUGUGCUGGAUCAAUAGAUCAUAUAAGCAUUCGACAGUUACAAUGUAUACUCUUGAAAGUGGCUCUCAUCUUAGGCGUGGAAUUUCACGAAGGAGUGAGUUUCGAUUCGUUAAUUCCUCCUCCUGAUAAUCAAGAAGAAGGUAAAAUAGGAUGGAGAGCAAAAACAACACCACCAGAUCAUCCAGUCUCUCAAUACGAAUUCGAUGUUUUAAUUGGUGCUGAUGGAAAACGAAAUACUUUAGAAGGUUUUAAAAGAAAGGAAUUUCGUGGUAAAUUGGCUAUUGCCAUUACUGCUAAUUUUAUUAAUAAAAGAACUGAAGCAGAAGCUCGUGUUGAAGAAAUAAGUGGUGUAGCUUUUAUUUUUAAUCAAAAAUUUUUCAAGGAAUUGUACCAAGAAACUGGAAUUGAUCUUGAAAAUAUAGUUUAUUACAAAGAUGAUACGCAUUAUUUUGUAAUGACCGCAAAAAAGCACAGUUUAAUUGAUAAAGGUGUUAUACUUCAAGAUCAUGCUGAUACCGCUAAACUAUUAGCAAAAGAGAAUGUCGAUAGAGAUGCAUUGAUGUUGUACGCACGAGAGGCAGCAGAAUUUUCAACUCAAUAUCAAAUGAUGGAUAUGGAGUUUGCAGUGAAUCAUUAUGGACAACCAGACGUAGCAAUGUUUGAUUUUACGUCAAUGUAUGCUGCAGAGAAUGCCAGUCGAGUAUUAGAAAGACUUGGACAUCGACUUUUGAUGAUUUUAGUUGGUGAUAGUCUUCUAGAACCCUUUUGGCCAACUGGUUCGGGAUGUGCGCGUGGUUUUUUGAGUUCUAUGGACGCUGGUUGGGCUAUUAAAGGUUGGGGAGGACCAUUGUCACCAUUGGAAGUGUUGGCAGAACGUGAAUCUAUUUAUAGACUGUUGGGACAAACGACACCAGAGAAUUUAAACCGAGAUUAUGCUGCUUAUACAUUGGAUCCUCACACGCGGUAUCCAAAUCUAAAUGUCAGAUCUGUUUCGACAAGUCAAGUUCUUGGUUUAUUGGAUACUGAUGAUCCUGACAAUAUUAAACAACCGUCCGUUCAAUCGACUGAUAUUCCGAAGAAAAGAAGAAGACGAGACACACAAAUUCAUCCUGAUACUCUUCUACACUGGCUACAGAGACAAGUGGCUUUAUAUGAUAAAGUUCAGAUCACUGACCUGACUACUUCGUUUAAAGAUGGCCUAGCGACCUGUGCUAUUAUUCAUCGAUAUAGACCAGACCUAGUAGACUUUCAUUCUUUGAAAACUGAUGAGGUAGAAAAAAACAAUCAACUGGCUUUUGAUGUCUUGGAGAAGGAGUUGGGUAUCUCGCCGAUAAUGACAGGUGAGGAAAUGGCCCGGUGCGACGUCCCAGAUAAAUUAGCCAUGUUUUCUUACCUUACACAAUUAUAUGAAGCUUUCCGCGGUGAAAUACCUCACAUAAAACAUCCAAAGCUUGAGCCAGAGGAUGAUCGAUCUGUGUAUGAUAAACAAUUGUCACAAUUGACACCGGGACACAAAGUACAAAUUGGCCGUUUAACAAAACAUGAAACACCAACUCGACCACGACACUCGCGUUCUUUACGACAUAACAUCGAAAAUGUCCAAACGAUGUUGGAUAAAAAGAUUGAGGGAAGCUUAGGAAGAAAAUCACGUAAACGACGAAGCAAUGAAAAAAUGGGAGCAACUGUGGAGGAGAGACAAAAGAGACUAGCAGACAUAGUGAACAAUCGGAUUGAACGAAUGAAGAGAAGACAGUUUUUACGACAAAUGGCAACCCAGCAGUUCUAUAAAAGCUUGCAAAUGUUGCAAGCUAACGCGAAACGCGAAAAAGAUGAGCCUUUUGAAGAUUAUUCCAUAUUCUUAUAUCGACAAACAGCCCCAGACUUCAAGGAUCGAGUUAAAGAAUUAGAGCAGAAAAUUCUUUACCCAGACAGAGACCCCAAAAUGCCUCUUCAUCAUAAAGGAAACAUGGACGAAGAUUUUUCUGGACGAAUUAAGGAUAUUGAAGAUAAACUACGAGGUACUGCGCCGACUGAAAAAAAGCCUCGAGAUCUUUUACGAGCAAUUGGUAAAAUAGAAAAAACCGAUUGGAAUGUCAAGGAAAUCGAGAAAAAAAUUGAAGAGAAUAAAAUGGGUAAAGGCGUAAGGCAGGAUAAGGUUGAAAGAGUGCCAAAGUGGAGUCGUGAGCAGUUUCUUGCUCGGCAAAUUAAGAUGGAAAAAAAGGGGAAAGAUCCUAACGAGCCCGAACGAAAGUACGCUGAAAUUGAUAGUACUCUGAAAAAUAUCGACCGAAAAAUUAAAGAAGGAAAUGUCUUGGGACAUAAUAAAGUUUCUGCAAUGGCAGAACAGUUUGCUAAUAAAAACCAAGACAAUGAACCUAAAGUUCAAAGAUCUAAUUCUAAAGCAGCGAUAGUUUUACCAACUCAAGGGGGUUCUGAAAUGUGCCAUUUUUGUGAUAAACGAGUUUAUCUCAUGGAGAGAUUGAGUGCUGAAGGGAAAUCUUUUCAUCGUGGCUGUUUCCGUUGUGAAUAUUGUUCAACUUCUCUUCGUAUUGGAAACCACACAUUCGAUAGGGAAAAAAAUGGUGGUCGUUUUUAUUGUACACAACACUUUGGUUUACCCGGUACAAUGAAAACGAGAAUAGAAAAGAAAAAACUUCCUUUGCUCAAUAAAGAAAAUAUACCAGAGCCUUCAGAGAAGAAAAAGCCCGUCCAAGAGAAGACACAAGCAAUGAAACCAGCGUUAGAUGGUGUUGUGGGUUUGGAUCUUUUAGAUCGCGGUCAAACACCAGAGAGAAUAGAAUUUGAAAACUUGGCUGGAGUAUCAGAUGCUGAGGAGGCUCAUAGUCAAAUGGAUGAAGAUGAAUGGACGGAUAGAAACUUUGGUGCUUCAGCUGCUGAGAUGGGUUCCAGUGAUGAUAUUUCCGAUAUGAGUGAUUCAGAUGAGGACAAUGAGAUCUACGAGGAAGCAAUAGAUCAACCACUGACAACGGAAGGUACGAUAGAGUUGGCGAAGAAUUGGACCCUGAGGUACUCUCAUCCUCAAGCAUCAGCUGGACAUUCAGAUACUGGUAGCAACGAGUAUGAAGACUCGAGCGACGAAUACACAAGCGAGGACGAAGAGAGUGGCACCGCAACCGAAGACGAAGAGGACGUGCGUGCUCGGGAGCUGAGAAAGCAGGAGGUGUGGCUCAAAGUACCACCGAGGGAGUCUGACACGGAGACUGGCUCGGAAACUGAGGUGGCAUCGGAUGAAGAAUCAAGCGAAGAACGCCAAGAGAAUUCGGCUACAGAAAUUUCUACAGAUUCCGAGUUUGAACAUGACGGCACGACUCCCACGCAAAAUGAACCAGAGAUUACAAUAAAUGAUAACUUUGUGAGGAAGACUCGAGGUCAGUACAUCGAACCAAAGAAGGUGCAGGUAAAAAGUCGGAUUAUAACACCUGUAAACGGGAAAGUAAAGCCAGGAGAUAAGCGAGAGAAUGAGACUACAAGCAAAAUCAACAACCCGAAAGUAAAUGACACUUCAAUCCGUCCGAUAAAAGCUGUCAAUGCAAUGCCUUUAGUUAAUCCUCGAAAAGGAGAUUACUUGUUAAAUCGUACACACUCAACAGAAGGUAUUGCUUCAAAACUUUCUUUGGAAUUAAAGAAGAGAUACUUACUAGGUGGAUCAGUGUUAGGUGGAAGUGUCAUAAAGUCAGGAUCAACCUCAAAUGUUGAUACAAAAUUGAGAAAUUUUACUGAUACUAUUUCGCAACAUCAGAAACUUCUUAAUCCGGCUCCUGAACCUAGUCCAACCAUGCAAGCAUUCUUACAGGGUACUAAUAAGUUAAGAUCAACAUCAAACAUUCCACUAUCGCCAAUAUUAUCCCGGGAAAUUUUGCCAGUAUCUCCGUUGAGAUUUAAUAAAUCUUCAGAAAUAGAGAAACCAAAAGAACCUGUCAUUGAUUACGUAAAAGUACACCUGCCAGAUUUAGUAAAGGAAACAAAUAUUAUGAAAUCGAAAACAGAUUCAAAUAUACUUCGGUUAGGAAUUUUAAGAACACCAGAAAUGAAAAAUGAAAAUGAGAAAAAAAUCGAAUCCAAUAUUGAAGAAGAAGUAGUUAACAAAAGUGAACAGAGUAAAGAAGAAUUAGAAUCAAAAAGAUUAAUAGGAAUUAAAGAAAACGAAGUGAAUAAAGGCAGCACAGAAACACAGCUCAAUUCUAAACAUGAAACAUCGGUUUCCCAACAAAAUUGGAAUAAAAAUGAAAUAAAAGAGAAAAAAUCUAGUAAAGAAUUUGAAAUGGAUAGCGAUUCAUUAUCAUCAGACUCCGAUACUGAAGUGUCAGAAAAUGAUGAAGAUGAAAACGAAGUAGAGAAAAUAAAAGAAAAAGAAAUUGAGCAACAAAAUAUAUCAGAAAAUUCUUCAAGAUUGCGUGUUCAUAAUACAGAUGAAGCUUUGGUACUUGACGAGAGAAAUAAUUUUAAAGAAGAAGAUUUAGGAAUGACCUUCGAACCUGACUCAAUCGAGUGUAUAUUAAACAUGAAAGAAGAUGAGAAGAAUGUAAAAAACGUUCAGCCAUUGAGGCCAGUGGACUUAUGGGUACGUCAAUCGAAUGAUGACACUAAGAAUAAAGAGAUAGAGGCAGUAAAAAAUGAUUUAAUGCGUUUAGAUUUAAAAGAGAAUGUUGCAAGUGUUAGCAAUUGUAGUAGUCCAUCUUCAGUAGCUUCAACAAUAUCAAACAAACAGAAUGAUUCAGUUGAAAAUGAUAUUACAACAGCGGCAUUAACAGAGACAGAGUUUUCCGAAUGGGCUAGAGAUGGUGAUGGGUUUGGUUCAGCUGAUCUAAAAGAUGCUGAGUUUGAUAUGAGUUCUAGAACAACGUCGUCUAAGAAACUUCGAGGUAAUGCUAAGAUUGCUAAAGAAGAAGAUCUAACAGAUAUCGAAUCAACAUCUGAACAAGUGUUUGGUAAUAAUAACAACAUAAUACUAGAGAAUGAUACAUCAAAAUUAUUAGUAAACGGAGAAGAUAUUGAUUACAUGGAUACGGACAAUGAAUCAUUGUUAGAUAGUCUUCGCGAUGCAACAAAUGUUCCAUUAGUAAAGAAUCGAGGUUUUGUAGAAUUUGUUAAUAUUCCUGGGAUGUCUACUUUAAAUUCUAAAGAGUCAAAAUCUUCUUUCAAUGACGCUCCAAUUGCCAGAAUUGAAAUAGAACAAGAGUUAUGUUUAGACGAAGAAAAAUAUGAGACGUACGAUGAUGAGAAUAUUAUUCAGAUAAAUUUAGUAACAAUGGACGAUGUUAAAGAAAGAUUGAGUAAUUGUAGUAUUAAAGCUGAACAUCAAGAAAGUGAGACAAAUAAAGCAUCUAUAGAAGCCGUAAAUAGAGAUGUCAUUCAAUCAAUGGAUGAGGAUAGUUUGUUGGUUGUUGAAACAGCUGAAGAUACAACUACAAGUGAGCUUACGACAAUUUUAGCAAGUCCUGUUUGUCCAUUACCUCAGACUGAACCAGAAAAGGUAGAAGAAUGCUCAUCAAAAACAGAAGUAAACGAUGUAAAUAAUCCGGAUUAUCUUGAAUAUGUUAAGCGCCUUCAAUCGAGAAUAGCAGAGUUUAGCAAUGCAAAAGAUUCUAUUGACGUAAGAAAGUCUAAAAGGAAGAAUUCAAAGAAUACUCUCCAAGAAAAAUCUGCAGAAAUGAUUUCAGAAGAAAUUAAAAGUCAAGAAGCUAAUAUUAGUUUUAAUUCACCUGCCACAUCAAGAAAACUUGAAGAAAUCACACGAGAACGUUCGAAACAAAAAAAUUUGAUUCAGGAUUUAUUGAUGGAUAAAAUAGAAGCUCAAAAACAAAAAUCAGCUGAGAAAAAGGCUAAAAGAGCGGCCCGAAAUACAUCCUUUAAUUCUAGUAUCCAAUCGUUUUCGCCUAAACCUCCUCCUAAUCUACCUCCGGAAGCUAUCCAUGACAUGCCUUUGAUUCCAUCGAAAAAUCCAAUUCGAACGACUUUUGCAGAAGCUAAAAAGUCUCUAGAUCCUCCAGUAGCUACAGAAAAACGACCUGAAAACAAAUUAAGUCCCGAAAAGUCAAACAAUGACUUGCAAAAAGUAUUACUGCCAAGUAUCGAUUCUGGUUUAAGUGACUUCAUUGAAAGUGAAGAGAAAUUCAAGACUCCUGUUGCUCCUCCAAGAUCAAAACAUGAAGAAGCAAGAAAAACAGCGGAGAAAGCAAAACAAGAAGCAAGAGAGCGAGCGAGAUUAAUGAGCGAUGAAGACCUAGGGUUAAGUCCUGAAGAUAAAAUACGUCAGUUGAGAAUGAAAGUAGCUAGAAGACAACUUUCAAUGGAAGAUCGCCAAAACCAUGAUAAUGAUAUAACACCUGAUGUUAAAACGCGACAUUAUAGUUUUACUGCACAAAAGUCUGGAUAUUCAUUGCAGCCUAGUAAAAGCACUGAUAAUAUGAAGGCCUUUACAAAAAAAACACCAGUUGAACUUUUGCCAGCAUCAAGUGCAAAAUCUAUGAGUGAAUUAGCUUGUAACAAGGAUUCAGAAGGCAAGAGUUCAUUAGAUAUAGUUGUAAAGCGCGACAAAAAGAAACCUAAGGAUCCAGAACGAAGGAGAAGUAUUAUUCAAGCAGUCUCAGAUUUUUUCAAGAAAAAAGAGUCCACACCUUCUCCAAGUCAUAAAGAUAAAGGGUCAGUUUUCAGACUCACCACUAGAUCUAAAGACAAAGGAAAGUUGUAUAAGUGGUAUUCAGAAGGCUGCAAUCUUGACAAAAUUGAUACAAAAUUUGAAGAGAGACCAAAAAGUGUAUGUGAGCCUAUGCUGAUUGAGAACUUUAGGAUCAAUUCAUCUCCACCUGUUCCACCGCCUCCAUUAAAUUAUCCAGAUACUUCAGUUCAUGUUUCUGAUGAUAGUCUGUCCGAUGAUGACUCUAAAAUGACAUCUUUUUUACCAUCACAAAUUCAAAAACAUAUUAAUAUUGAUGGUCAUUGUACUAACAGCAGUUCAAGAAAGAUGAAAAAUACAAAGAAAAUGGUGCGACAAGCGCAAUUGAAACGAUUGAGGAUUGCACAAGAAAUUCAGAGAAAACUCGAAGAAACAGAGGUGAAGCAGCGUGACUUGGAAAGCAGAGGCGUAAGUGUAGAGAAAGCUCUUAGAGGUGAAGGAGAAUGUUCUGGGCGAGAGGAAACAGAUUUGCUAGGGGAAUGGUUUGAUUUAAUGCGAGAACGUACAGAAUUACGAAGAUAUGAGAAGGAAUUGUUGGUUCGUGCUCAGGAAGUUCAGUUAGAAGAUCGUCAUGAUCGAUUACAACAAGAAUUGCGAGAAAGAUUAGCUGAUGAUGAUCAGAAGAAAACAUCAGCUGAUGUAAAAAAAGAAGGAGAGAUUCUAACAGAGAUGCUGGAAAUUGUGGCUAAACGAGACUCACUGAUAGCAUUAUUGGAAGAGGAACGACAAAGGUAUAAAAACGAAGAUAAAGACAUUGAGGCUCAAAUGUUGGCUAAAGGCUUAAGAUUGACAUCAAUUGACAAAGAUGAUUCCAAAUAUUUGGUGUAAAAUAGUCGAUAAAUAAAUAAGAAUAUCGACAAUUAAUUUUUAUUGCAUAAAAAAAUAAUCAUGGAAAAAAAUCUAAAUUGCAUAAGUUUAUCUCUACUGCUUUACGAUUUAAAUUAAUGAAAAAUACACCAUUUUUCAAACAAAAAAAAUGACAAAAAAUGGUCACAGUAAUAAAGUUAAUAAAUUAAAUUAUUAAGUCUACAAUAUAAACAUUAUUGAUGAAGUGAAAAUAUUUUUUAAUACUUAUAAAUCUAAUGAAGAAACGACAAGAAGCUGGGUGAUAUGUAAAUUUUAUAAACUUGUGAAUCAAGAAUAUAUUUUUCACUUGCAGAAGAGACUGGAACAGUUAUUUUAAACUUCAGAGAAGAACGUAUUAACGAUAAAGAAAGUAGUGUCUUAUCUAUUGGAAUUUUAGAUGCUGUACAGUUCAAUUUUUAAUCAGCUGUAGAAACUUAAAAGCAAUAUACAUAUUAGAUAUAAUUAGUUUUUACUUUGUUGUGAUUAUGAUUAAGUAUUAAAACCGAGAAAUUCAUGAUUUAAGUAAAACAGAGUAAGAUCAAGGCUUAAGCAUCAACUGCCAUCACAAUUGGAAACUAACGUGCCUAAACCCCGGAAUUGAAAGCUCAUGAGUCCAUUCAAGUGCAGUUUGAAGAACAAAAUUCACUUUAAUUUAUAUCUUUUUUUAACCUAAAGUAUUUCGAUUUCAAUAUAAUUAAGUAUUUUUAUUACGGAAAACUUUCAAUUGGUAUAUUGAUUAGCCUAGUCUGUGACUAAUGAAUAAGUUUUAAUUAUGCUUUGCAACGAAUGAAACCACAAGAAUAAGCGAUUAGAUAUAAUAAAUGCUCACUUGUAAGCCAAAGCUAUGAAUAAAGUUAAAAUCAAUGGGAAAAUGGGUUGGGCCAUCAAAAAAAGAAGGAUUUGUCGUAAUUAAUUGAAAAGUAAUGAUAGAAAUAGUCUGUAUAAUUAUGUAUAUAUUUAUGAUACUUAUUAAUCGUAAGUGUAAUUAACUCAACAAGUAUUUCAAUGUAAUUAUUGACAUUUGUGCUCACUAUUUUCUUUAGAACAUUAACCUAUAUUUAAUAUGCUUUGGUAUUACGUUCGGUUAAUGAUUGAAGCAGUAUUUAUGUAAGAAGCAUGUUACAAAAAUGUAAGUAUCCAUAAAGUUAUGGAAAAUAUAAAAUUUUUUCACUUACUAA